AUGUCGCUAUCUGUGGUGCAACUCGGCCCUGCCAUCAUGUACCCAGGCGUCGUCCUCGGGCUCGGCUACGGAACCUUCGUCCGUCAACAAGAACCGUCCUGGAAGAUCCCCGCCGUCAUGUCCGCUGGAUUUGGGGCUUUCUCGGCCUUCACCAUCUACAAGGAAGGUGUUUUGGGCGUCAUUCCGAAUCACACAUCCAACUACUGGGGCAAUCAAGUUUGGUACGAUCUGCUCUAUUCCACGGGGCUCUUUUGGUUGGCCCUGGUCCGGCGCGCCAAGAAGCUCGGAAUGCCGCUGGUGCCGUGGUUCCUGUACGUGGUUUCAACGGCCAGCAUCGGUGGGUUGCACAUGUACGCUCGAAUCUUGUACCUGGAGGAACAGAAAACCGAUGGCGACAGUAGUUCCGGCAGUGCCAGCGCGGGUUUGCGCUGA